ACCGUUCGGACUCAAUCCCUGAAAACAAUGCCAAAAAUCGCAAACUUCAAACUCUUUUUCUCUACAACUCGUUCAGCUCCUCUUCUUCUCUCUUUCAAACCUAAUCUUUCUCCUCUUCUCUUCAAACACAGGACCCCUCUAAAACCUGCCUUCCCUCUCAUUGUCUUAUCUUCGUCGACCGGAAGACAGCGGGAAACUCAUCCUCCACAUCCUCCCAGGAGUAGAAGCAAUAGCACUCUCAGAGAAGCAAAGACCAGAGAGAAAUCAAUGGAAGAGGCUGAGCCAAUUGGGUUCAAUAAGAGAAGAGCCGAAGGGAGAGAUAAGAACGACAGGCCCAAGGACCUUCAGUUGAAGGUCCGGAAAUUGAAUCCCAUAAAUACUGUCUCUUAUAUUCAGAUUUUAGGAACUGGAAUGGAUACACAAGACACUUCGUCAUCAGUUUUGUUGUUCUUUGACAAACAGAGAUUUAUAUUCAAUGCUGGAGAGGGUUUGCAACGUUUCUGCACAGAACAUAAGAUUAAAUUAUCAAAGGUUGAUCACAUCUUUCUUUCUCGUGUAUGCUCAGAAACUGCUGGUGGACUUCCAGGUCUUCUAUUGACUUUGGCUGGCAUGGGAGAGGAAGGGAUGUCUGUCAACGUUUGGGGUCCUUCUGAUUUCAAAUAUUUAGUUGAUGCAAUGCGAUCUUUCAUUCCAAAUGCUGCAAUGGUUCACACUCACAGCUUCAGAGCAGCACCUGGGGCAGAUAUAGCUGCCUUAGCUGAUCUGGCAAAGUUUGUAGAACCCAUUGUUCUUAUUAAUAAUGAGGUUGUCAAAAUAUCAGCAAUUCUUCUACAACCAGGUUGCUCAGAAGUGCGUCAACUAAUGAAGGAAGAUUGUUCCAUGUUCAAUUCACAAGAUCCAAAUGGGAAAGCUCCACCUGUGCUGAAACCUGGUGAUAUUUCUGUGGUUUAUGUUUGUGAAUUGCCUGAAAUUCAGGGGAAGUUUGAUCCUGCAAAAGCUGUUGCCCUUGGAUUGAAAGCUGGUCCAAAAUAUCGUGAACUACAACUUGGGCACUCAGUCAUGUCUGAUCGUCAAAAUAUAAUGGUUCAUCCGAGUGAUGUACUUGGUCCUUCCAUUCCAGGUCCUAUUGUACUCCUUGUCGACUGCCCUACACUGUCUCAUUUGCAGGAGUUGUUGUCUACACAAUCUCUCAGUACCUAUUAUGUAGAUGCUGUGGGCCAAAACUUGAAUACUGUUAAGUCUGUGAAUUGUAUAAUUCACUUGAGUCCUUCAUCUAUCACAAUGACUCCUGAAUACCAAAAUUGGAUGAAAAGAUUUGGUGGAGCACAGCAUAUCAUGGCUGGACAUGAAAUAAAGAACUUGCAAAUUCCAGUUUUAAAAUCCAGUGCAAGAAUCACAGCACGACUUAAUUACUUGUGUCCUCAGUUCUUCCCAGCUCCAGGUUUUUGGUCUCUUCAGCACCUAAUGAACUCCGUGCCCGAGUACAUCACUUCAUGUGAGGGUUCUGUUCAAAAGUGUUGUGAAAGUUUUUCUGCUGAAAAUCUACUAAAGUUCCAUUUGCGUCCUUAUGCACAGCUUGGGUUGGAUAGAUCUGGGAUUCCAAGCUUGUUGACUCCAACAGAAGUUGUCAAUGAGCUUCUUUCAGAGAUUCCUGAGAUUGAGAUUGCUGCUGAACAAGUUAGGCAGUUCUGGGUGAAGUACCAGAAAACUGCAAAUGUAAUGAUUGAAGAGCCUUGGAUGACGGGAAAUGCAUCUGCACCUGAUAUAAACUCAGGAAAGCAGGGUGCAGAUGAGAGUAAGAAUGAGUCCUAUCUUCCUGGUUGUCUGGAGAAUAUAACAAGAGAAGACAUGGAGGUUGUUCUUUUGGGAACUGGUUCAUCUCAGCCAUCCAAGUAUCGAAAUGUUAGUUCUAUCUAUAUUAACCUUUUCUCGAAAGGAAGCCUGCUCUUAGAUUGCGGUGAAGGAACACUGGGGCAGCUGAAGAGGAGAUUUGGUGUGAAGGGUGCUGAUGAUGCUGUGAGAAGCUUAAGGUGUAUUUGGAUUUCUCAUAUCCAUGCUGAUCAUCACACUGGUCUAGCAAGGAUACUUGCUUUGCGACGGGAGUUGUUAAGGGAGGUUCCUCAUGAAUCCUUGCUUGUUGUUGGGCCGAAGCAGCUAAAGAGAUUUUUGGAUGCAUAUCAAAAACUUGAAGAUCUAGAUAUGCAAUUCCUUGAUUGUAGACACACAAUUGAGUCAUCGUGGGAUGCUUUCAAAGAUAAAGUUGAAUCAAACAGGAAUGACUUUCCGCCAAGGAGUUUGAUCAGUGUUGACGAUAAGGGAGAAGGACAGGGUGUAAUGACAAUUGAUACCACUUUAUUUGCUAGAGGCAGUCGCAUGCAGAGCUAUUGGAAAAAACCAGAUAGUCCAGGAGAUUCUGGCAUGGGUUUCCAAAUCCUAAUGAAACUGACGAAAGUGCUAGUUGAAGCAGGGUUGGAAGCUUUGAUCAGUGUCCCUGUUGUGCAUUGUCCACAGUCGUUUGGCGUUGUCUUGAAGGCAGCGGAGAGAAUUAACAGUGUAGGAAAAAGAAUUCCAGGGUGGAAACUUGUUUACUCGGGUGAUACUAGGCCCUGUCCAGAACUGAUAGAUGCAUCUCAUGGAGCAACGGUUCUUAUACACGAGGCUACCUUUGAGGAUGGAAUGAUGGAGGAGGCCAUUGUAAAGAAUCACAGCACAACAAAGGAAGCCAUUGAAGUGGGAGCUUCUGCAGGCGCAUAUCGCAUUAUUCUUACACACUUUAGCCAGCGAUACCCAAAAAUUCCAGUUUUUGAUGAUACUCACAUGCAUAAAACAUGUAUUGCUUUCGACAUGAUGAGCAUUAACAUAGCAGACUUACCUUUGCUUCCAGAAGUUCUUCCAUUCCUCAAGCUACUCUUCAAGAAUGAGAUGAUGGUUGAUGAAUCUGAUGAAGCUGUCUGUCAAACUGCUUGAGAAUAAUAGGCUUUAUUGUUAAGAAAAUACCCCUCAUCGUACCAUUUAUAUGGUGCUAUGAUUGUUCUGAUUCAUCGCUUGAAUGAAAUUUUUUUUUCUUA